CCUACACCUGCCAGCCAGUCUCUGAUUUUGACUUCAACGGGGCUCGCGCACAGCAGGAGCGGGGCAGCAUUCAAGCAUCUCAGCGGAUCAGCUGUUAUCUUUUCAUUUUUUACUGGAAUUUUUACUUUCUGUCUUUAGUUAUCAACUCAUCAUAAUUUACCAGGAAGCCGGUGGACUAUUCAAAUUUCUUCUGAUACUUUUUUUUCUCGCUUAUGACACAAUUGGCACAUCACUGCGCGCUGGCAGCAACACAAGGAGGCAGAUUUGAGGACGAAUAUCGGCGCUUUUUAAGACCCCCUCCCUUCUUCCUCGAGUUACCUAUGAUUAACGAUUUAUUUAGUGGUCCGUCCUACUGAAAACGAUAUCCCGCUCAACAAGGCAUGAAUGAAACGCUCAAAAUGUGUUGGCUCAGUCCACCUGUCCGGGAAUGAACAAUUUGAAUUUUUGCAAAUAAUAAGAAAAACAAGAGUGAGCACAUGACGGAGUGCUUAAACAUAGGCUGACAUGUGAGCAUCGUAAAUCUUCAGCCUAACAUCGCUGCUUUGGUCGUCGCAUGACCGCGUUGGACAUCCGUGUCGGUGCUGUAACGUGCGCUGCGCUUAAACGCAUUAGUCUCUGCGUAAAGAACAAACAAAGCAUAUAAAAAGAUGAUAUUUUUCCGUAAAUUCCGAGUGCUGAUACUCAUGGUGUUUUUGGUAGCGUGCACCAUGCACAUUAUGAUAGAUCUGUUACCGAAACUGGAAAAGGAGGCGGCGGGCGCGGAGAGCGGGGACGGCGGCUGUCAGUGCGCUCAUCACCCGGGCGGAGAGUCGCAGGGCUGGGCGAAGCAACCCGCCAUGCCCGCGGCCGAGGCGGGCUGGCCUAACAAGCACACGCUGAGAAUCCUCCAGGAUUUCAGCAACGAGCCGAGCUCCAACCUCACGUCGCAUUCGCUGGAGAAGAUCACGGCGGCCGCGGAGCGGGCGCAGUCCCUCGGGCAGACCAAACCGCCUCCCGGGAAAGCGCAUGACCACAAGCCGCUGAUGGGAGCCGCAGGGGCGGUUCGGGCCGUCCCUGCCCCCGGUGCAUCCCGCCUGCUUGCUCUGUUUGAGCAUCCUUUGUACAACGUUGAGCUUCCUUCCUUCACGAACGACGACACUUUGUUCAACGUCAACACUGACAUCAGGUUUUAUAACAAAGCAAAUGGGAACCAAGGAUGGCAAAAUGAGGAGGGGAACGAAGAGGAGGAAGAGGAGGAGGAAGAUGAGUUCUCUCCAAAGGAAGAAGCGACCGCAGAAUCGUACCCUAACUGGUUGCGUUUUCAUAUGGGCAUCAACCGCUAUGAGAUGUACUCCAGGCACAGUCUUGUGCUGGACGCCCUCCUGAAGGACCUGGCCACACAGGAGGUCACCAGUGUCGCCAUGAAAUCGGGAGGCACCCAGCUGAAGUUGAUCAUGACUUUCCAGAACUAUGGGCAGGGUCUGUUCAAGCCCAUGAAGCAGACUCGAGAGCAGGAAACCCCUCCGGACUUCUUUUACUUCUCUGACUUUGAGAGGCACAACUCUGAGAUCGCCGCUUUUCACUUGGACAGGAUCCUUAAUUUCCGGCGCGCCCCGGUGGCAGGGCGACUUGUCAACAUGACAAGGGAGAUCAGGGAUGUGACGCGUGAUAAGAAUCUGUACAAGACCUUCUUCAUCUCACCAGCCAAUAACCUCUGCUUCUACGGCGAGUGCUCGUACUACUGCUCCACCGAGCAUGCUCUGUGCGGUAAACCGGACCAGAUCGAAGGCUCGCUGGCGGCCUUCCUGCCCGACCAGAACCUGGCCAAACGCAAGUCAUGGAAAAACCCCUGGAGACGAUCCUACAGCAAACGCAAGAAAGCAGAGUGGGAGGUGGACCAAGAUUACUGUGACGAGGUGAAGAAGACUCCUCCGUAUGACCGAGGGACUCGACUGCUGGACGUAAUGGACAUGACCAUCUUUGACUUCUUAAUGGGCAACAUGGAUCGGCAUCAUUAUGAAACCUUUGAGAAGUUUGGAAAUGACACCUUCAUAAUUCACCUGGACAACGGAAGAGGCUUUGGAAAACACUCCCAUGAUGAGAUGUCCAUCCUGGUGCCUCUCAUCCAGUGCUGCAGGCUGAAGAAAUCUACGUACCUGCGUCUGCAGCUGCUGGCCCAAGACGAGUACCAGCUGAGCUCCCUGAUGGAGGAGUCCCUCCUCCAGGACCGACUGUCCCCGAUCCUCAUCCAGCCCCACCUGCAGGCCCUGAACCGCAGGCUGCGCCUGGUGCUGCAGGUUCUGGCGGGCUGCAUAGAGAAAGAGGGUUACGGUAACGUUUUGGAGGAAGACGUCGGCGGCGACCCAAAGGCCACCCAAAGGACCCCGGGCCACAGGUAGUGAGACCUGCGAGGUGACGGGAACCACCGGCGACACACGAACGAUGGAGCGAGUCUUUGACCAAUGGGAUCGCGCCAAGGGUCCCACUUCAGAUAUCGAGCUGAAUUCAGUGAAUUCCAAGACUUGCCAUCAUUGCCUCUCUGCAAGCUGCUUUUAAGUGCGCUCACACCAGGGGAGUGGGGGGGGGGGGGGGG